AUGGUGGGACUAGCUCAACCAAUGCCUAAAAGGUGUCAAGGAGCCAGCUCGACCGAUAGCUCGAUCGAGCUAGAAACCAGGGCAACUCGAUCGAGCUACACAACUCGACCGAGAGGAUAUGUCUACUCUGAGGAGGAACAGUCUGAGAGUGAGAGAUUGAGGGAAGAAAGGAGAACCAAGAAGAGGAAUGACCCUAUUAGUAGUGAGAGUGAGCAAGGGGAGUUUGAGAUUGGAGUGAACCUUGUUCAAGAGGAGGGAAAUGGUUCUCCAAAUGAAGAAGGAGUGAUGAGACUGAGAGUGAAGAGGAAGGAGAAGAGGUGA